CUGUGUUUCAAAUGAGAAAAAGAAUUUUACGGCACGCUGGACCGCCUGUUCUCUAGUGACUUUAGGAUCUGCUGGUGAUGUGAAGAUGAGUAGAAGACUGCAGCAAGCAUGACAUCGCUGGCUACCGCCAUUGCUUCCCAGCAGUCUGAGUGGGUCUCCUUCAGUGAUGGGCUCCACCUGCCUGUUACUUCCCAGGGCCAUGUCGAGCAGUUCCUUUCCUCCUCUGAUACUUCCUCUGAAGGCAUCCAAAACCUGGAUGGAGAUCUUCGGAUGCUUCCACAACCUGAGCUGGGAGGUGCGAUGGACAAAGCAGCUACAGACCCUGUAUCAGUAUGUUUGCUUGAUAACCAUCCAUCUCCAAAGCCUGACUUACCUUCAUCCUUCAGCACGUGGGUCCAGUUCGAAGAUGCCCCCUGGACCAGCACUUCACCAGAGCAUGCACAAACAGCCUCUUCUCCAAAAACAUUCUGCUGGACCUGUCCCUCCUCGGGAUCUUCUGAAAGACAGCCUCUUGCCUCCGACAGCAGUUGGACAACUACUUCUGAGAAUACUAACAGCCCAAGUGUUACUCCUUCCUAUACCGAUCUUCAGUCCAUAAAUACAGAAGAGCUGACCAGUGGAAGAGAAUCUGCGGCAGACUCAACGGACAAUUCCUCAUCCCUUCUGGAAGAUGAAGAGCUAGGAAUGGAGGCCACCAGCUGGCAACUAAACAGCACAUCCAUUAAUGGCCACAGUGAAACUCCAACAACAGCUCGUUUCCCCAGCUGGGUGACUUUUGAUGAUAAUGAAGUCAGCUGUGUUUCCCCACCGACUUUAUCCCCUGUGAAACCAGACACUCCGCCAUUUGCAGCAACUCCACCACCAGCAGCAGCAACAACAACACAGAUAAUAGAUGUGAACUCUAGUACCCCCUCUUCAUCCUUUAAAAAAAGGGAGCGUCCGAAAAGCACCUUGGGUGACCUCUCUAAAGUUCAGAAGCUAGACCUUUCCUCCAUUACCAGGUUGCCUUCAGUUGGUGGGACACCCCCCUGGAGUGCUACUAAUCCUUUCCUUGAUGACUCUCUGAGGGAUGUUCAACCUUCCCCUAUCAACCCAUUUAGCUCUUUCUUUGAGGAACGGGAUAGACGUUCCCAAACCAGCUCUGUCUCUGGCAUCUCUGGUAGAAACCAGAGAGAUUCCCUCAUUGUCCUCCAUCAAGAGCCUGACACCAUCAGCUUCAAUGAAUCAAGUAAACACCUCAGACACAGAGAUGCUGUUGAGCAACUCAAACAACUUCAAAUCGGGGACCCAGAUCAGCUGAGCAGUUCCACUCUGCCUGAUGAUGACCCUACAGUGCCAACUGAAUUGGACAGUACCUUGUCCAGUUUGUGGCCGCCUCAGCAAAAAGAUGGCUGGCCAAUGAUGCUGAGGAUACCAGAAAAGAAAAAUAUCAUGUCCUCUAGGCACUGGGGUCCAAUUUAUGUCAAACUAACUGAGAGCAGGUGUUUGCAGCUCUUUUAUGAGAAGGGACUGGAGAAGCCUUUCAAGGAAUUCAAGCUUGACAUCAGUCAUGAGAUUUCAGAACCCAAGCUCCAAAACUAUGAUGAGAAUGGAAGGAUACACAGUGUGAGGAUAGAUCGUACCACCUACAAGGAGAAAAAGAAGUACCAGCCAAAGCCAUCUGUAUCUCACACAGCAGAGCGGGAACAGGUUAUUAAGCUAGGCACCACCAGUUAUGAAGACUUCCUCAGCUUCAUCAGAGCAGUCCAGGAUACACUGAUGGAUUUGCCCGCUUCAUUGACAGACCUGAGCACGGUAGGAUUAAACUAUCAAGAGGAGGAAAUCACUGUGGAUGUAAAGGAUGAGUUCUAUGGCAUUUUGGCCAAAGGAGACAACAGGAUUUUGCAGCACCAUGUGUUGUCACGAGUGCAUGUUCUCACUUUUCUUUCCGGCCUGGCAGAAUGCAGGUUGGGGCUCAAUGACAUCCUUGUCAAAGGGAAUGAAAUUGUCUCAAGGCAGGAUAUCAUGCCCACCACCACCACCAAGUGGAUUAAGCUGCACGAUUGCCAUUUCCACUCAUGUGUGGAUGAGGAGGCAUUCGCCAGUGCCCGCGUCAUUCUGUUCAACCCCUUAGAUGCCUGCAGGUUUGAACUGAUGCGUUUCAGGAGUGUGUUUUCUGAGAAGAUGUUGCCUUUUACCUUGAGGGUGGCAGCUAGCAUCAAUGGUGCUGAGGUGGAGCUUCAAAGCUGGCUGAUGAUGUCACCGGGGUUCUCCUCCAACAGAGACCCUCUAACUCAGGUCCCCUGUGAAAAUGUGAUGGUCCGCUACCCCGUGCCACAGGAGUGGGUGAAAAACUUCCGCAGAGAUAGCGUCCUUGGGGAAAAGUCCUUGAAAGCAAAGGUGAACAAAAGUGCUAGCUUUGGAUCCACUAGUGUUUCUGGUUCUGAGCCAGUCAUGAGUGUAACACUAGGAACUGCCAAAUAUGAGCAUGCCUUCAAUUCCAUUGUGUGGAGGAUAAAUCGACUGCCUGACAAAAACUCUGCUUCAGGUCAUCCUCACUGUUUCUUCUGCCACCUGGAGCUUGGUUCAGACCGGGAAGUGCCUUCCAGUUUUGUCCGCUAUGUGGACGUGGAGUUUGACAUGCCAACCACUUCAGCAUCCAAGGCCAGCAUCCGCUCCAUCUCGGUAGAAGGCAAGACAGAUGUCAGGAAGUGGGUCAACUAUUCAGCACAUUAUAGUUACAAGGUGGAAAUAGAACAGAAAAAGAGCUUGAAUCCAGAUAUGAUGGGGGAAGAAACUGAUAAGCCCAAGGAAUGUGCUGUGCAGUGAAGGAAAUUUCUAUCUGCGGUUGGAACAGUCAAAUCGGCAAGACUCGAAGAAGAGAAAACACAGCACUUCACUCCUGCUGUCAGAAGAGCCGGGAAAUAUUUGGAGUGUUGUGAGGUUUCCUUGCCCUCUGUGACCUUACUUAGAAAGGAAGCUCCUUCGGGAUUUGUUUACAACAGCCUGGUGGCUUUGGUAGAAGCACACUAAGUAUGUAGGCUUGCAAUUCAGUCAAAACUGCCUUCAUCCUUACUAAUCUUCCUCCAGUGAAAUCGUAGCAUUGUGACAGCCACAGCUCAAAGAAAAGUUGUAACCCUAGUCUUGUUAACAAUCCUUUCCGUUCCAUGCACUUGACACUUCCUGAAAGUUCAGUCCGCAGAAGAGUUCUUCCAGAUGGUCUGCAACAGCACUGAGAGGUAUGGCGGUAUAGAAGAUUCACCACAGAAUCCUUUUGUUUUCCUAUCAUGAUCUCAGUUUGCAAUGAAAAGCUGUAACAACCUUUCAUCUCAACCGAUGCAAAUGGAAUCACUGGGAAUUCCAGGAGGUGAAGGACAAAUGGUUUGCCCUUUCCUAUUUGCCAUCUCUAAGUCAGAACAUUUAAAUAUUGCACAUUUUCCUUGGAUGUUGGUCGUACAAAAGUUUCCUUCGUUCAGUUAGUCUGUUGUUGGGGGCAGGGUUAUUCUUUAGACUUAACAUAGUUAUAGCUGCCAGCAGAAGGGACUAGACAGAUAGUUGAGCAUUCUUGCCUUGGAUGAUACUGGAAAGAAAUAGAGUUCAUUUGAACUUUUACUUGGAUGGUUAGGUAGAGUGAUAUACAGCUUAUUACCCAGAUCAAUGCUUCUGUGACAAACUACAUCUUGUAUUCUUGAUGGGCAUUGUGGAAAAAAGAUGUUCUGUUUUGGGGUUUUUUGUAGAUGCUGAUAAUGCUAAUUUUAUGUUCUGUCCCAAUACGACAUCUUAUUUCAGAAAGACUGCAGUGUAAUAGUUGCGUGUACUGCCAGUAAUUGGUGUUAUUACUCCGUAAUAUGCGGUCAUAAUGGCAUUGAGGUCAGGGCUCUUUGAAUUCUAUGUCCACAAUAGUUUAAUACAAGUGCAAAAAUUAACAUCCUGAGAAUGGGAACUGGAGUAUUUAAAAUUCAAGUUUCUAGUCCACUUGGCUGUGAAAACAAUAUUGAAAGUGUCUGGGCAUGUCUAUGCAGAACAUUCAGUGGGAAAGCUUAAGGAAAAGUCUGCUGCUUUUAAUCAAAUGGAUAAAUUCCCCAUCCCAACAAAUUGUAGUAAAUUAAACCACCGUGAAAAUGUCCACCCUUUUGGAGUCCACAGAUGGUAGUAGAUUUUCAGCUCAGCUGUAGUGUGAAUGGGUCAUCAUAGAUAUAAUAAAAUGUCCUAAUCACAUCAUUUCUAACACAACUGCCAAGAUCCACUGUGAAGCUAUCCUUGAAAAAUAGUAAUCAUGUCUAUCAACUAUGUGGUGAGGUAAAAUACAAAAACAUGAAAUCCAGCCCCCUUUCCAACAUUUGAUAAAGCGCUUCUGAAGAGGGAUGUGUAUCGGCAGCUGAAUCAGGGAGAAGAAACCUCUCUGCAGCACCCAUUUGCAGGCACGGUUCCUCACCUGGAUGGGGAUACAUGUGGAUAUGGCGUCUAACUAGAUUUGGGCAAAAGUUUUUUCAGUGACGUUGGUUUACACAUUCAUUAUGC